CAGACGCUGUGGGAGCCGGCGCUAUGGUUUCUACGGUGCUUUCCGUGUCACGGGCGGCUCUGGUAUGGAGAGUAACAAGAUCAUCUCUUCUGAAUCAUUCUUUGAUGAAGAUGAGUUAUCAAGAAGGAAAGCCUGAGCCUGCGAAGCAAGCCCUUAAGAAGUCAAAGCUGCCAGUCGGUCGUUUUGACUCACUGGAGGACUCGUCCGAGGAGAGAGACCCACUGCAGAAGUUUCCAGAUGAUGUUAAUCCAGUUACCAAGGAAAAAGGUGGACCCAGGGGCCCAGAGCCUACGCGCUAUGGAGACUGGGAACGGAAAGGACGCUGUAUUGACUUUUGAGUCUUGCAAUCUCUCGAUGGUAGAGUCACUUCCUGAUUUGUUUUCUUCACGUGGUUUUCUUUUCCUAUAUCCUGUAAGCGUGUGAUUUCCAGCGUGUGUCUUAAAAUGCAUGUGAUAGCCUUGAGGAGCAGACGCUGCUAUAGAUCAAGGACGCAGAAACGCUUUUCCAUUAGUGUGUUCACUUCAGCCUAAGUGUGUCGGGGCAGAGGGCCAGUGACGAGAGCUGCGAGCCUUUGCUAUGGUUGUUUGUAAUUGAUUUAAUCAGUUGCUUAUAAAAUAUACAUGUAAAUAAAUACCUUUUGAAGAU